AGGAACCUGAAGACUCCUCAAAUAAUAAAGUGAAAAAUAGAAAACGAAAAAUCGCAUCGGUGAAGGGAGAGUCCUUAAGUGAAAAUGAAUUGCAAGCAGCUGCCAAAAGAAAGAAGACUAAAAAGGAAGGGAAAGUGAAAAUUUCAGAAAAAACAGAGCAAUUGACCAAGUUAGAUAUUACUGAAGAAGUUAAAUUGCCAGACAGUAAAUUAAAUAGACAGACAUGUCCUGUACGUGCAAAGUCUAAAGGAGUGUUCAUAAAAAAUAAAAAUAUAGACAUUGUGGGGGGAGACAAAGAGUUGGAACAAGAAGAUAAAACCUCAGAAGAAGUGCUGCCCAGUGGAAAUAAUUCAAAGAAAUUAAAGAAAAAGAGAAAAGAAAGACAAAAGAAGAAAAAGCAGCUGAAUGCUCUUAAAAAGAUAGCAACAAAAGAUGUAAACAACAGCACAAAAAACAUUGAAACUGAAUCGCCCCAAAAACUGGAAAGCAGGCCAAAGCUCGGUAGGCCCAUUAAUAUGUAACUUUAUUAAACAUAAAAGUAAUGGUUAAUUUAACCUCAAUAUAAUUAAUAUUGUUCUUAGUUUUCAUUUCUUUGGUAAUAAUGUUGACCCUUUUGAUCUGUCUAAAAUUCAGAUAUGUCACAGUGGCAUAACCUGUGUGUUCCUGAUGAGCUAAUGAAAUCCCUACAGGACCAAGGAUUUGAAAAGCCAACUGAGAUUCAAACCAUUGCCCUGCCAAGUGCCAUUAGAGACAGAAAAGAUAUUCUUGGCGCUGCUGAGACUGUAAGGAAAUUGAUUUUAGUUGAUAUGGGCUCACUAGAUUGUUUCCUGUACUAAAAAAUUCAGUUUGCUUAAUGGUGCAUUUUUUGUGAGUUAAUCUUAGCCAGAAUGGGGCAUCCCAAAAUUGUUAUUAGAUCAUAAUCAUGAUGAUGAUGGUAGUCAAUAUUUUAGUAAUUAGUUUUUCAAAACAUAUUUUAUUCCUGAUGGUUUAUACACAUGAAUUAACGCUAUAUAGCUUUAAUUAUGUAAAAGUUUUGGCGGCUUUUAUAAAUAACCAAAUUUCAUGCUAAUUUUGUGUUUGAGCUUAUCAGGUUCAUCUAUGCCAGGUGGUUUUGUAUUGCAUUGCUAAAGUUAUAGUCAGCCAAAAAAACUUGAGAAACUAAUGGACUUUUUAUUGCAUCUUUUCCAAGGGAAGUGGUAAAACCUUAGCAUUUGGUAUACCAGUUUUAACAAAAAUCUUGAGCUACAGACAAGAACAAAAUGCUUCUGAUGAGAUACAAGAUAAUGAUGAAGAGGAAAUGGAGGAAGAUGGAUCAGAUGAAAAUCAAAACCCAGCAAAGAGCAAGCACUUUGUAAGUACCGAUGUAAACAUAGACAGCUCUAGCAUUGUGAAUAUAAUCAUAUUAAAGUUUAUCAUGUAAAACCACUCUCUGAAAUACUCCUUAUUGAAAGAAUAUCAUUGUCUUAUACUACAGAAAAAAACUAAAAAAUCUCACCCUCUGGCUUUGAUAUUACAACCAACCCGUGAGCUGGCAGUUCAAGUGAAAAAUCAUCUGACAGCUUUAGCCAAGUAUACAGAUAUUAAAGUAAGUCAGGAAGAACUUUGGGUCUCAUUCUAUCCUUGUCAUAGUUUCAUCUAGUAUUUUUAGUUGUGUAACAUGUUUUUUUAUGAUCACAGUUUGCUACGAUAGUCGGUGGUAUGUCAGUAGAGAAACAGCGAAGAAUCUUAGGAAAACAACCAGAAGUUAUUAUUGCAACACCAGGACGGCUGUGGCAGCUCAUAGAGGAGGUCAGUUUUGCAUUUCCAUUGCAUAAUUUUGUAAAGAGGACAACUAUUUGUUCUCUAUUUAUUUCUCUGUAAAGAAAAUUCAAGUGUGUCUGAUACGCUACAACCGAUAAGCAUUUUCUAUUGAUUCCAAAUUUGUAUCCUGGAUUCUGAAUAUGAACUUAUUUAAAGGGAAAUUGAAAAAAAAUAUUUUUUACAAAAAGUAAUGUUUACAGAAGAAACAAUUUAAACUAUAUUAUUAAGUUAUUGUUUUGAAAUCAUACUGAAAAUUCUGAAGUGCAACCCUUUAUUGUGUUAUUUAUACUGAGUGGUUGGGAAGCCACUGGUUUUCAAAAUGAUGCUGAAAUUUCUUUUAUCAAUAGAAUAUUACAAUGAUCAAAAUUAUAACCUGAAGUCACAGUAAACCAUGUGAAAAAAAGGAAUCCCAAUUCUUUAUGCCUAAUGGUUCUUUCUACACAGGAAGUUUUGGAUUGCCUUUAUUAAUUUUAACAAGUUUCCAGACUGACUUGUCCCACUCUGGGUAAUUUACAUAAUUCAGUGGAAUCCUAUUUGCACAUCGAAGUUCAUUUUUAGUCUUAACUGGCAUUUUUUUGGUCUCCUCUGUGUCAGGAUAAUAAACACCUGAGUCAGGUGGAUAGAAUUUUGUGUUUGGUUGUUGAUGAAGCUGACAGAAUGGUGGAGAAAGGACAUUAUGAGGAGCUCACUAAAAUUCUGGAGAUGAUCAACAAGUAAGCUGAAAUAUUUUGCUGUAAUGUCAUUACAUCACAUAGUAAAUUUAGGAAAAAAUGCUUUUAUAAAUAGAGGAUUUAAAAUUGUAUAUUUCAUGAGUGUGAUUCAUAAAGAAUUAGGUUUAUAUAUAAAAAAUUUGUGUCUGUUUUGUCAGCUAAAAUUAAAAUAUAGAUUAACCUUUUGCAGAAAAGUAAUAUAUUAAAUAUUUGCAAUAACAUAUUAAUAUAUGUUAAUAGUAAAUCAAUUUUGAUUUCUUUGUUCACAGAAGCCCUCGCCGUGCGAGCAAUAGGCAAACAUUUGUAAUGUCAGCAACUUUGACAAUGGACAUUGCAGCUCCAAAGCGGGUGAUGACAAAGAAAAAAGGAAAGAAAGAUGAAGGCGACAAGCUCAGUAAGUUUAGGAGUGGUUCCACGGUUGGUUUUAAAAAUAACCAAUUGCUCACCUGAUACUUGGUGACAUUGGGCAGACCAGUAAGACAUACUAGUAUUCUAAUUUUAGGCUCAAAUUUCUAAAUAUUUUCACCACAUGAUGGUUUUUUUGAGAUGUCAAAAAUAAUUUUUUUAUUAGAAAAUUUGACUGAACGCAUAUGUGUUGGUCUGAAACCAAAAGUGAUUGACCUCACCCCCAAAGAUAAAGUAGCACAGACACUUACAGAACUGAGGGUUAAUUGUAAGGCAGAAGAAAAGGUAAUUCAAGUAAUUGUUUAAACAGGGCAUAGAGUUUUACUUAUGUUAUAAGUUAUAACUUCAGGAACUGUGGAAAACCGUUUUUUUUACUUAGCCUUUCUAAACAAAGAAAAAUGUUUGACAAAACAUAUGCUAAUACUCAAACAUUUUUUUGUCCCCAGGAUUUUUACCUUUAUUAUUUCCUGUGUCAGCACCCUGGCAGGACGCUGGUAUUUGCAAACAGCAAAGAUUGCUUGCGCCGAUUGGUGUCCCUACUUAACUUGUUGAAACGUUCCCCUCUCCCACUGCAUGCUGACAUGCAUCAACGACAAAGAUUGAAAAACUUGGACAAAUUUGCAGGUUGAUCAUUGUGCUUUACAGAUUUAAAAACUAACAGUUCAUUAGCUUUCAUCCGCUUUGAUUCUUCAAUACAGAUUUGAAAACUAACAGUUCAUUAGCUUUCAUCCGCUUUCAUUCUUCAAUACAGAUUUAAAAACUAACAGUUCAUUAGCUUUCAUCCGCUUUGAUUCUUCAAAUAAAUGCAUAUUCCCUUAAAAGUUUUCUAUAACCAGAAAUUUAAGGCAAACAUGAGAUAACUAGUGUUAAGAAAUUUAGUUUGGGGCUAAAGCAUUAUAAAAACCCUAGCUGGUGUAAGAGAGUAAAAAAAAAUCAACCUUUUUUUUGUUUCAAUAUCUAGAAAAUGACAGAGGACUUUUAGUAGCAUCAGAUGUUGCAGCGCGUGGUCUAGAUAUUCCUAAAGUGGAUCAUGUAUUACACUAUCAGGUGCCCAGGACAAUGGAGGUACAAAAACACAAUUGUCCAGAGACAGGAAUUUUCUGAUCUCAUAAAAGCUCUGAUAUUUUGUUGGUUAAUUGAUUUUUAUCACAAAAUCCUCUUUUCAUUUAAAUAAUAUAUCACAAUAUAUUGUUAAUGAUUAAAAUAUAAAAAUGUUGUUGAAGUUCUAGGUGUUUAUAUUAAUAUUAGUAUAUUAGUAUGCUAUGUCAAUUCAAUUUCAUUACAUGGUUGUAAAAAAAAAAAGUCUCAAUAACUUUCUUUUUUAAAUAUUUGUGUUAUCUCUACUUGUCGUUUAUAUUUUUCUUAGUCGGUUCACAGUAGUUGAAGAACUUAUUUUUAGUCAAAUAAGUGUUUAUAUAAAAUUUUGAGCUAUAUUGACUCUGUUCUUUUAAGUCAUGGUUGAUUCAUUUUCCUGAUCCACUUUGACUUUUUUUGUUGUUUAUUUAGAACUAUAUACACAGAAGUGGUAGAACAGCUCGUGCAAGCAAUGCUGGCCUCAGUGUAAUGUUAAUAGGUCCAGAGGAAGCAAAAGACUAUCGCAAAAUUGUAUUUGGUGUUAGAAAUGGUGAGCUGGACUUGUUAAGAUUGUGAAUGGUGAAAACAAUUGUGAAUUAGAAUAAGUGAUUUUGUGGAGGAGAAUAAUUAUAUCAAUGAGUCCUAAUUCAGUUUCAUUUUAUUAUUAGUGAGUGCUAUAAUAUGUUCUUUGCCUUUUAUAUUUUGGAUAUUGAGUUGAGUAGUCAUAUCUGAACUCAAGAAACGGCAGAGUUGAGAUUGUCAUUCAUAAAAUUGGAAACUGCUAAUACUUCAAAUUAAGAUAUGAAUUAGGAUUUUGAAGUUAUGGUGCAUGAUUUUGAUCCAGGUGAGGAAUUACCUGUGAUGCCAGUGGAGAUGGAUCUACUUCCUGCUGUGAAACAAAGAGUAGCACUUGCAAGAGAUAUAGAUGUCAAAGAAUACAGG